AUGAAUUAUCGUUUUCUUUUUUCAAGUAGCCCUCAACAAAAAGUAUUCUGUUAUAGUUAUCCAUGUUGGAUGACAACUCGUCUACUUUUUGGUUGUGGUGCUAAUGCGAAUGUAUCCGCCUCAGAUGGCAAUACUCCAUUGCAUCAUCUUGCUAAAAAUAUUCCAACGACUAAUGUACUUAAAAUGGUCAAUCUUUUGAAUAAUGCUGAUGCUCAUUUGGAUUACAUUAAUAAUAAGGAACAAACUCCAUUGCGAUCAAUGCCUUUGUUACACAUUAAAAUAAUUGAACAUUUGAAGAAAAACACGGAUGUUAUUCGAUUGAAAUGCUGUUGUGCAAAAUUAAUUCGGCAACAAAUAUUUUCAUAUGAAAAUAUUUUUUCUACAGUUUUAGUUGGUUUUAUUCAAAAACAUUAG